AUGGUUUAUACUUUCAUCUUGUUUUAUCUACAUAUUGGUAGACCCACGGGCUCUUCAUCAGACAAACAGUCUGGCUAUAUCAGAGAUAGAUCUGGAGGCGAUAAUCCCAGAUUACCCAACAGAGCCCUUUCUCCAAAUCUUUCUGGAACUUCUCAGUCUCGCUCUACCAGCAACUCCAAUGCGAACCAUUCCGACUAUUAUCGCAAUCCAGAUGCUGGAAUAUAUAUGAAGCGACCCCCUGAAUCUACCGAAGGCUCGGCUAAUCUACCUUCAACCUCUACCACUUCUGGAAUCACUAGAUCUAGAGACGACCUUUCUUAUUCCAGUAAAACCCCCACCGACCGUGCAAAGGCUACUCUUUUCAAUCCACAAUACAACAAUAGUGCACCCUCCAUCAAUACUUCUGCAUCACUACAAUCUACUACCACUUCCUCUAAAACUGAUCGCUCUUUGUCUAGAGGCCUGUCCACCGAAUCAGCACCUGCAUAUAAUAAUCGUUCAGAAAGAGGUGAGAGCAGCAAGGACCUUCGUUCGUCUGAUCAAAUAGAUACAAGAGAUCGUUCUGCUAAAUCUCCAGAUUUGUCUUCCAUAAGAGACCGUUCAAUGCGUCGUAUUGACAGAGACCGAAGUGGUCCUAUUUCUUCAAACUCAAUCACAACAUCUACUGCACAAGCCAAAAGCGACGACCGCGAACCAUUAUCAUCUACUCUCUCAUCCUCUAGCAGUCGGAAAUCUCCUUUGCUGAUGCGUCCUGCAGCUUCUAAUAAUAGUGGCUCUUCCGUUGGGUUGGAUUCCCGUAAUGCAAUGAGGCCGUCCGGUUCUACUGGCCGUGCUGCAGUUUCCAGUAACUCAACCCCCGAUGCCUUUGACAGCAUGCUACGCGACCUUGAUGACAUUGAUUCUCACGGCCCUCCUCCUACCUCCUCUAGAGUGGCUAUCUCAUCAAGUAGUAAUGCAAGACGUGCUGUUGGGCCUGACUAUGAUCGACUAAGUCAGUCUAUUGAUAGACUGAUGGAGUCCCCCGCUCUUUCAAACGGAAACGCUGCUCGAGCUGAUAGAUCUGCUGUUUCUAGUGGGGGUGCUCGUUCUGUUGAUCGUCUCAAUGAUCGUAAUACAAGCUCUACUGCAAUUAUGGAUUCCAGACGCAAAACAGAUUUUGACUCGGACAAAAACUCUGGCAGUGCCGGUUCGCCUGGCUCAACGACUCCAGAUAGAAGUCCAAUGAGUCCGCGUGGGUCUUCUGCUACGAGCACCUCUUUUUCAUCUGCUGGUAGAACUGAUCGUCGUCUUAGAGACAACAUGCGAUCUCCUCCUCCAUUGCGGACGGAUGGGUCUUCUUCGCUUCGUGCUGAAAAUAGGCAACGAUCUGGAUCUGAUCCUAACUUGAAUGUUGCCGAUCCUAACGAGCGCAGGGGGCUUUCUCGUUCUAGAGUUGUGGAUCGAGACAGGGAAUCACCUAGGCCUAGCUAUCGUUCUGCACAGAACCGACCAGAAGAUAUAGAUUCUUCUCCAGCUACUGAUCGAGACUCUGCUUCCCAACGUGCAAAUCGUUUUGCUGGUAGGCCAUCCUCUCCUUCAGCUGCUCAACCUGAUAGUGACAAAGGUCAAGAUUCUGUCAUGCAGGAAAAGGAGCGAAAAGAAAUGGAGCGUCAGCGUCGUGAACUGGAAAACUUGAAAUCCGAACAGCGCGAAGCUGAUCGUCAAGAGCUUGUGCGUGUUGCUGCUGAGCGCCAAAAACGAAUUCAAGCCGAUCGCGAGCGACGUGGGUCUGAUACUCGCGAGUUUAUGCUUCUUUCCCGUUCACCCAUCAACGAAGCUUUGGUUGUUUCCGACUAUAUUCGAGCUUUGAUUAGUACACUGCGCAGUGAUCCAACAGUUACCCCGAUUCCAGAUGACUUUACAUCCCCAGAUGCAUAUCAGUCAUGGCGGAUGAAUAUGAACGUUUCAUUGCAAAAAGUACUGGUGAACGUACUUAAACUUCGAUUUUUGAAACCCCAGGGAAAACCUGGUGAAGUUCCUCAAACAGAAAUCAAGUUAUUUUUCAAAGUGGUCCAGGCUUGCGGACUUAUUGCCAAAGAAGGCAGAUCUCGAGACGCCUAUUGCUCUAUCGAGUUUGGUGAUUUGUCUGGUCGAAAAAAGAGUAAACAUGCUCCCGAGACAACUAUUUGGAAAACCGAAGUGGUGCAGGGUACAACAAACCCAACUUGGAAUCAGCAUCUCAACUUUGAUGUUCAUAAUUUGACAGACAAAAUUCAUGUAGAGGUGUGGGAUUCACUCAAGGACCAGUUUUUAGGUAUUGCCAAAGUCAAUAUCAGUGAUGUCAUUACGCGAAGUGCACGGGAAGGAUACAUCUCAAUGUGGAUUCGUCUUGAGCCUCGAGACGCUAAAAACAAGGAUAAAUAUGUUGGUGGCAAGAUUCUUCUUGAAGCUGCAAUUGACAAGGAUGAUAACAAUCGUCGGCCGAAUGGAGGUCAGCCGGACAAACCUCAAACAUUUGAACAGUUCCAACAACAUUUGAAUUCGUGCCGAUUAAGUGGAAAGGCGCUGUAUCGCACACUUUUGCGGAGUAGCUUACUGUUGGACUUGCAUUCCAACCAGAACAAUCAACCUCCGAAUUCAGGUGUUGGCCCACCUCCACCACAAUCCGACCAAGACGUAUUAUCUGAAGAAUCUGUUACUAUGCUGAGAAUUUUGUCUCGAGUAUGGGGCGUUGGAGAGUCGGUUCAAGUAAUGCUAUAUAUGCAGUUGUUGCUGGAAAAGUACAAGACAGACCAAGUUCCUGUGACAGAAAUUCUCAAAGCGUUUGAGAUUUUGUUUGCCAAUGUCAAGCGUGAAGGAUGGGUUCCCACACCUGAACAUCCAAUGUUUGUUGGACUACUGCAGGAUCUUCAGGAUCAUUUUCAAACUCAAGUUACCAAAUACAAGGAAUUCUUUCCAAAAAACCGACCAGCUCGUGCACUAGAGACAAGUAUUUUAAUUUUGCGCAUGAUUCAGAAAUCACCACUAUUUAGGCAGGCUCACCCAGAAAUGCACGCCUCAUUUCGUGAAGAGCUGCGUCAAAUGCUACUCGAGGCCCUCAUUGUCAAAUUUCAACGGUUCCGUGAGCAUACAGCUCCAUUAGAUGACUCUGAUGUUGAAAGUGUUGUUGAGGGUAUCAAUCGACUAGCUGAGCUUGUAUCCGAAGAAAUAGAGAUUGACAACAAAUAUUUUCAGAGCUCAUUUUCCAAUGAGCUGGAUAUUGUCCGGCUCACUGCUGAAAACCACCUAAAGUAUUUUGUACUGACUCUAGAGGAUGCUAGUGAAUUGCUGGCAUCGCAAAAUGCGGUUGAGAGUGCAUCCAAGCUUGUAUUUGAGCUGUAUAAGAAAGUUAAAGUCAUGCAUGAGCGAUAUGCCAAAUUGGUUCCAGGACUAAAGAGUCUUUCCAUUAAUGCUGGGUUUAAUGCCGAGCGAUGGUUUUCUCCUUUUAUGAUGAAGUGGCUAGACAAACUGCAGGACAAGACAGUUGAAUGGGUGUCAAAUGCUGUUAAAGCGGAUACAUUUGAACCAAACGAUGGUGCUACAGAAGAUGGAUUCCCGCCACAUUCAUCGUCUGUGACAGAUAUUUUUUCAGCCAUUUAUUCCGAAUUGGAGUUUAUUACAGAUCUUGGAUGGAGCGACCCACUGGAAAAUGCUGUUUUUUUCCAAUCCUUUGCCAAGACAGUCAACAAGGCUAUUGAACAGUAUUGUGAUGCUAUUGCUAUUGGUGAACUAAAGCGUGCUUCAGACGGACCUACAACCGCUGCCGGAGCCAUGAAUGCGUUUGCUUUGAAUCUUCUUGGUGGGCGGUCAACUGCUCCCAAAGAUAUCCAACACGACUCUUGCGUUAAACUGCGAAAUAUCGAGUAUGCCAUGUCCAAGUUGCGUGAUAUGUAUCGCAUGAUGAAUGUUGCUGCAAUCACAAAAACAGUUUCAGAUCAUCGUAAAAGUAUGGCACCUACGCGACGUGGAGGCAAAAACCCAUUGGCAGCGAUCGCUGGUGCUGGGGCAAAGACUCCAACGGCCGCUGGUGAUCAGGAAGAGCUAAUUACGGGUGCAUUUAAAAUUCAUGCAUCUUUUGCUGAAAACAUUAAGCCAAUCAACAAGUACGGUAUGUCUAGUCCGUAUAUUAUUGUGCGUGUACCGGAAGGAACAGUGGUACCACCACCCGCGUUGGACACAUCAGCAUUGAAAACAACCCGAUCCAAGUCACAAAAUAGCCCAUCUAAUCAAGAAUCUGCUCCGCCUACUCCACCUGCACCAACUACUUUAACUGGAAGUAGUUGUGAACUGCUUCGUACUCGUGUUAUUCAGGACACAGUGAACCCCACAUGGGAUGAAACAUUUCAAAUUAUUUUCCCACCCAUAUCUCAGUUGGAAAUUCAGUGCUGGUCACGCAAUUUAAUUACUUUUGACGAACUAAUUGGCACAGCUUUAAUUGAUUUGUCUUCAAGAACAAGAUUGCGACGCAAGUUGGUUGAUAAUCAGACACAUGAUAUAUUUGUUGAGUUGGAACCACAGGGGAGAUUGCUGCUGAGACUGACAAUGGAAGGAGAGCAGGAAGAUGUAGCGUUUUGGUUUCGUCGAACCAACGAACGACUCAUUCGAACUCGGGAUGAUUUCCUUCGCUCUGUUGUAGCAAAAAUAUCACCAUAUAUCAAAGAAGUUAUAUCCAAGGCUUUAAAGGAUUUAGAGGCUGUUCCGGUCAAGGCAGGAUUUUUUUCAUCGCUUACUACGGCAGUGCAGUAUAGUAAUCUUACGGCAGCAGGUGCAAGUAUUGAUACAUCUGUAACAGAGCUUGAUACGGAUGUAUAUCUUGCACCUUUGAUGGACUAUCUCAACAAAAAUCUUGAGAUUCUAUGUUCGUUACUAUCCCCUCCCAUGGCACAGGAGGUUAUCAAGCGAGCCUGGGAAGAUGCUUUAGUUGUUAUUGAAAGCGUGCUGGUUCCAGGACUUUAUGGUCAAAUUGAAUCCACUCGUCGCGUUCUUAAUCGACGCCAAGUAUCGCUCUUAAAGUGGUCACUCAGUAUUCUACGUGACUUUUUCCAUGCAGAUGGGCAGGGAAUGGGACUUCCAAUGAGUGUGUUGGAUACACGCAAGUAUGUAGAUAUCUCGCAUCUAAACGAAUGCUACUUUAACGAAUUGACGGUACUAAAGCGAGAGUACGAAGUCUCUGCUAACUCUGGACGAGAUUGUGGGCUGAUCUUGAGAUUGAUCCGGUUUCGGUUUGAAAGGGAUGAAGGAGCAAACGCUUCAGUUUCUGGAUGGAGAGAUGAAGGUAAAGCCUGGGUUGACGAUCAGCUUAUGAAACAAAGGGAGAUGUCUCGAAAAUGA